AUGGCUUUCGAGGCAGCGGUCAUGCUGGCAGGAAUCGUCCCUGUAGAGUUAAUGGCGAAAAAAUACAAGAACUUAUACCUUCGGAAAAAGGAGCUGAGAGAGCGCGGAGUGGAGAUCACAGGCAAAAUCAGUACAAUCCUCAGGCUACAAGCAAGCGAGAACGCAAUGGCAACUUGGAAGAUGCGAGCGAUGAGAGCAGGAGGCUUCGCGAGGUGUGCUCAUUGCUCGGAUGGAUGGGAUAGUGCAAGACACACGUUGAUGUUCUGCCCGGCGUGGGAAGCAGAAAGAGAGGUGCUCCGCGGGGUUAUAGGCCAAGAUUUAGAGCCGCCGAUAAUAGUGCGUAAGAUAUUGGAGAAUGGCGAUAACUGGACAGCGUUUUCGAGAUUUAGCGUAAGCCUAAUGACUGCGAAAGAAGAGGCGGAGAGGGCCCGGCAGGCGGCGGAACGGGCCCCACCUCUCCCUCUUAAGGAUAUGGAUGCGAAUUAG